UCGGCGUGUCAUGACGGCCGUCUCUCGUAAUGCCAGUCUGUCUUGCGGCGCUCGACACGCACGUUUGUCGACGCUUCUCACGCAUAAGAGCGCAAUAUAUAAAACGCGAAUCCGUUCGUAAACACAUUGAUAUAUACAUACAUACGUAUAUACAAGCAUCAUCGCUCGCAUAAUCAUCAUUAUAUACACGCGAGAGCUCGGUCGCAUACUUGUCUCGAAUGCGAGAGAGCUUAAAUAUCGCAGCCAAAGUGAAUGCAAUCCAUUUCGACUCUCUCGCUCCCUCUCCUCUUACAUAUAUAUUUCUUUCUCUACAUCUGUGCGCUCGCGACGAACGAACGAACGAACGUCAUCGAUCGACGGAGAGCAACAAGCAGCAGCGGCAGCAGCAAAAAGAUGCAUCGCCGGUCACAGGAGUGCUUUCUCGUUAUUUUCUGAAAGAGACUCGAAAAUCCGCUCGCGGAUGAUCUUUUAUCGCUCGUCGAAUUGAGAUUUCGUUGCCUUAUUUUUCACUGCAACAUUUUUUUGGCGUUUUAUUGACGUUCUCCCUCGUCGUCGGUCCGAAUAUUCAGCCCGAAAUAUUCACGCGAUGUUUCACGAUCGGUGAUUACGACACCAAAAGUUGUGGCGGCGCGAGUAGUACACGACGGCGACAACGACGGCAGCAGCAGCAGCAGCAGCAGCAACGGCAACAACAGUGCGCGUGCAUCGGCAUCGAGCAACAGCAGCAGCAAGAUUGUCAACGAUUCUUGGGUUUUAAUCGAUAAAAACAAAAGAAAAACUGCAAAAGUGUGCGCGAUCGCGCUAGUUCGCCGAUCAUUAAUACAGUCGUGCUUGUGAAGCAGUUCGAAGCUUUCUAAAAAAAAAGUCGAAAGUUGGAGUAGCAAGUAAAAAAAAGCUCCGAAUUGAGAAAAAAGUUGCACCGGUACUCGUCGAUCUCUCAGCAGUCGCGACCGAUAUCGCGCUGUAAAUUAUUUAUCGUAAUAAAUAAAUUUGUGCGAGUAUUCGGCAAGGAGCAACAAAACACCGUUGCGAGAGGGACGCGAAACACAACGAGCGAGAGGAGCUACUAAAGAGAGAGAGAAAGAUCGAGAAAAGAGAGAGAUAGAGAGAGAGAGAAAACAAGAUAGAAAGAGAAAGAGAGAGAAGAGCAGCGAGUCAGUCAGCGAGCGGGCAAGUUUGAAUGGCUCCCGAUCUCGAAAAGAAGCGCGGAUCGACAAGUCGUGCGUCAGAGGCAGUAGCAGCAGCAGCCCGACAGUCAGCGAGAGCCAGAGCAGCGACAGUAGCAGCAGCUCGACCAGCGAUAGCAAUAGCGGCGUCGUCGUCGUCGGCCAAUGCAGCAGUGCGUGGCGACAGGAACGCGGCACUAGGCAUGCAACUACUACAGUUAUGCACUAGCAACUUCUACGAAGAUUAUUACCCUCAUGACUUAGGAUCCGCUGCGCAGCUAGCACACCAGCCGCAGCCGCAGCCGCCGCCGCCGCCGCCUCCGUUGCUGCACCAGUCGCUUCACGGUAGCCGAUCGAGUGCGAGUGCGGCGGUAACGUUGGCAGGUAUCGUGUCUUCGUCCCAUCACGGCGCCACACUCAGGAGCAACAGCAGCGGUCCACGCGUCGGCGGCUCGUCCCGACCCAAUGACAACAACAAUCACAACAACAGCAACAAUUGCAACGGCAACAACAACAACGGCGCGAGCAACAACAGUUCGAAUUAUACAGUAAACACCCGCAGCAGAUUAUCGCAACAACUGCAACAGCAGCAACAGCAACAACAACAACAAGCCACAGCAGCAUCGACGCAUCACCGGCAACACAAGAGCCAAACGAGAUUAGUGUCGACGGGCACGAGUUUGAGCAGUGCCGCUGGUGGAGGUGGUGGUGCAGCCGCAGCAGCGGCGGCGGUAGCAGCAGCGGUAGCAGUAUCGGCAGCAGGUAAUAACGGAAUAUCGGCCUCCGGAGCCACUGGCGGUGUCACGAAUCGAAGGGCUUCGGAUGAACAGCAACAACAACAGCAGCAACAGCAACAGCAACAGCAGCAGCAACAACAACAACAACAACAGCAACAACUUGGACCGAGGACGGCGAGCAGUCAGGACCUCUGCGACAACUCGAACGACUCGGGCCUCGGCUUCGAGGAGCGACAACAGCAGCAUCUCAAUAAGACCGCGAGGAGGUCACACAAUCAACCUUCGCCACUGUUGUUGCAGGCCUGGAACAACAAUAUUGCCGAGGACGACACCAAGAGGCGCAAAAUGGACAUCAAGCUCGAGUCCGAGGACGCGAACUUCGCCUUCCCCGAGGCGACCAACGGCAGCCCCUCGAUGAGGAGCAACGCCGGCCAACAGCAGCAGCAGCAGCAACAGCAGGCGGCUAACGGCCGCAUCACCCCCAACGGCAGAAUGGCCUCCUCGCCCAGGGGUGCCAAUGUAACACAGAGCCCGAGACCGCCACCGAUCAGUCGAGAAGCGAUAUCAAGCGAUGGCAAAGUUGUAUUGAACAUCGUCUGUCAGCCGGAAAAUCAGCAUCGAGCCCGCUACCAGACCGAGGGAUCGAGAGGAGCGGUGAAAGAUCGAAGCGGCAAUGGAUUCCCCGUUGUGAAACUCGAAGGUUACAACAAACCAACUAAACUACAAGUCUUCAUUGGCACCGACAUGGGUAAGGUGGCCCCACACAUGUUCUAUCAGGCCUGCCGAGUGAGCGGGAAAAACUCGACGCCCUGCAACGAGCUCAAGGUCGGCGGCACGGCCGUGAUCGAGAUCGACAUGGAGCCCGAGAAGCAGAUGACGGUUACCUGCGACUGCGUGGGCAUACUCAAGGAGCGCAACGUCGACGUGGAGCUGCGCUUCGGCAGCGAGCUCUCGCCCGGCCGCAGCAAGAAGAAGUCCACCAAGUGUCGCAUGAUAUUCCGCACGACCAUAACCACCGACGACGGCAAGACCGAGACCCUCCAAGCCUGCUCCCUGCCGAUCGUUUGCACUCAACCACCGGGCAUACCGGAGAUCUGCAAGAAGUCCCUCACCUCCUGCCCGUGCACCGGCGGCGUCGAGCUCUUCAUACUCGGCAAGAACUUCCUCAAGGACACCAAAGUCAUCUUUAAGCUGAGCCCGGAGGACAGCACGCCCCGCGAUCCCACCUGGGAGUGCACCGUCCAGCCGGACAAGGAGUUCCUCCAGCAGACGCACUUGGUGUGCGUCGUGCCGCCCUACAGGCGUCACGAUUUGGCCGACGGCGAGCAGGUCACCGUCAAGAUGUACACGCAGUCCUCUGGCAAGAUCAGCGAGGCGCACUCGUUCGUGUACACCGCUGCGGGUACGCCCGCCAUCCCAACGAUCGGCAAGCCCGACAACGUCGGUCUGUCGGCGUUAGCUGCCUCCGACUCCAUCACUUCGGCCGAUCUCGUCUCGGUCGUGCCAAACUCGAUUUCACCAAACAAUGCACCUGUGCCCUUCCUAAGCAGUCUACAAACGUCGCCGCUCCAAUCACAGGUUUCGCCGGGAGCAUCGAACGACAUUCACAAGAACGACACUGGCUCGCCGUCGUCGGCUUCGGGAGCCGUGUCAACGGCCAACAACAACGACUCGGGCCGCUCCUGCAUGAUUUGGAGCGACGAGAACACGAGCGCGGCCCAGCAGGCCUCGAGCGACCUCAUGAUGCUGCCACCGCCGCAGAGCAUGUCCGCCGCUACCAACGCGAUGCUGGGCAGGCGCGCCUCCUCGAGCAUGCAGCUCAUACUGCCCGACAAUAUGAAAACGGAGGUGCUGGACGAGAGCAGCUCGAGCAGCCUGAUCAACGAGAACAGCAUGAGCGGCCUGUCGGUGCCGGUGAGCAUCGCGGGCAGCCCCCUGGAGCACCUCGUCAACGACAACGCGCGCGACACCGCCCAGACAGCGGUGACCGCCGCCGCGGUGGCCGCGGCAGCGGCUGGAAUGAUGGGCGCUCCCAGCGGCCCCGUCGUGCCCACCAACAUACAGGUCCAGGUGCAGGAUCCGCUGCUGAGCGUCGUCGGUCUCAUGAGAAACUCUCAUUCGAUCGGCUUGGUGCAGCAGCAGACCCCGUUCGCCAACUUGCAUGAGUCACCUCAGGUGAAAGUUUUGAGUCCUCACCACAUCAAUAGGGGCGCCAAUGCUCUCAUGAAUAACGAGACAAAUUUAGCUGCGACCAUGCCGAAUCCAGACGUCGUUGAUUUGCGCAUGAAGCACCAGCCAGAAUUUAAUGGUAUUGGUAACGGUAAUCUGGGCAAGUUCGCAGCCACUCCGGCCGAUCAACCGCUGCCACCUCAGAGCGGGCAUAGCAUAGAAAAGUAUCUGAAUCAGAUAGAGUCGGCUUCGAAAAAGGCCGACGUGCAGGACGAGACAUACGUUCGAGCAUCAAUAAUUGCCAACAACCAGCAGAUCGCUCAAGCCUCGGUCAAUCCGACAAUCGACGACAUGGUGACAGGCUCGAGCGUCAAACCGCAUCAGCUGGUCAAUCCGAUGGGUCCGGCGGCUGCUCCCUCGAAUACUCUGAUGUCGAACGUAAGCGGGGUCGAGAAUAUCGUCCAUGAUCUCAACUCGCCCAACACGUCGCCGAAUGCCCCUAACAUGUUACUGAAUAGUCUCAUACCGACCUCAACUGUACAGUCUAUGAGCAUGGAGGCAGUGUCGGUAGCAGCGGUCAGCAACGUCAGCAUGCCUAAUCCGCCCGCCGAAGAUAGCUUGAUGAUGGGCUUGCCAGCCAUAAGCGAAGCCUCGAUCGUUACGGCUUCUGGUGCGCCGAUCGUCUCGUCGUCCGUGGCUGAAGCCCAGAUGAGGAACGACGAAGUGGUCAACGCAAUGCAGGCGUUAGCGCAAGAUUCCAUCACCAUGGAGCAACACGUGCAGCAGGUUGAACAAGUUGUCGCUCAGGCCCAACAACAAGUUGAGCAGGUAGUAGCACAAGCACAGCAGCACGCGGCCGCAGUGGUCGAACAGGCCCAAGAACAGGUGGCUCAGCAGGUUGUGCAACACGUGCAUGUGGUACAGCAGGCUGUAGCCGCCGUACAGUCGGCACCUACGGCCCACGUCCAAGCUACCGAGCAAGUUGUGCAGCAGGCGGUUCAGCAAGCAGUUCAUCAGUCGACCCAAGAGGUCGUCCAACAGGUGCAAGUUGUACAGCAGGCCGUGCAACAUGCUCAGGCAGCCCAAGUGAUGCAGCAAGCCGUACAGCAGGACAUCAGCUCGAUGUUGGGUCAGCCCGCUGGCUUCGUCGUAGAGGCGAGCUCUGCACUGGCCAAUGGCGCCGCUCAAGAGCCCAAACAGCAGCAGCUCACCGCCCACGCCGAGGCAGCCAUCAGCGAUGUCCUGACCAACGCGACCCAAGAGAUCAUUGCAGCUAACAGGCCUUUUACUGCUACCACUGCUCAGGCUGUUAUGGCUACGACCAACAUAUUGAAUAACGUCGCCACGAGGAGUGCCCAGUUGAUGACCGACGCAAUGGGUGACUUUUUGGCGAGGUCGCCGACCAACAUGGAAGAUCAGAGCAUGGCGCCCCCACAGCCCACCAAGAUGCAGGUGGCACUCCAGACCUCGCCGGUGCAGGUGCCGAUUGUGCCGAUGCAGCAGUCCGCGGCUGUCAGCUCGUCGACGUCGACUUCGACGCCGAUGCAGCAGAACAACGAGCCGCUGCAGCAGCAGGAGCAGGACCAGACGGUACGUCAGGCUAACGCGGCGAUGGACAGGAAGCCCCCGCUACAGGGUAACAAUGGUAUGGAAAUCAUAACCGACCACGAAAUACUCACUUAUAUCAACUCUAACUGCUUCGAUCCACAUAACAAUAUUUUCAUGUGAAACGAGGCGGAAGUUUUCACGGCGAAUAAUAUUGGCCUCAUCUUACGCUAAAAUUGCUUCUUAAUUAUCUGUCAGGCGUUAAAGCGUCGUUGAAAUAAAAAUGCAACAACGGCGAAAAGAUACUGAUGAUAAUACGUAUAAAUAUUAUUUUGUGCAUAUUUUUUUGGGAGGAGCUACAGCUGCGAAUUUCAGUUCUUCUUGAUUAAUGAAUUUGCAUAUAUUAUAAUAUAAUUGCAUUAUUAUAAUAUAAUAUGCAUAUUGCAAUGAUGCGAUACUCGAGACGAACUUAUUUCUGUGAGACUUAUAUUUAACAAUUGAAAAGAAGCUGUUGUAUAAUUGUACAUAAUUGAAUAUCGACUCUUUAUUAGUUUUAUUUAAUCUGUUUAAGUUAUGAAGUAUUAUGAAAUUAUAACAUAUGUAAUAAAAUAAGACUAAGAACCUGGCGUUUGAUUAACAAAAAUUGAAUUAAAAUUUUUUUUGUUUCUUGGUGCAAAAAUUUAAUUUUUUUUAUCGUAGAGAAUUUUUUAUAAAAACAUUAUUUAUCUAGUUUUCGAUAUUUGUUACAGAAGAAAAUUAGUUAAGAAAAACAUUGAUGAUUGAUUUAUUCAAAGACUUGAAAAAAAUUAUUUUAAACAGACAAAUUCACAAGAAGACUGAGAUUCGUCACUGUAUUCCUGUAAAAUAAAUUUAAAUAUGUACAAAAAUAUGAUUUUACUAAAGAUAGAUUAUCUUUAAUAAAGUCACCCAUUUUGAUUCGGAUAUUUCAAACUGAGCAUUGGAUUCAUUACAUUGUUGUCUUCGUUUUUUUAUAAAUGAACUUUUUUCAAAAACGUCGUUAGAGAUUAUGUUAUUGGACCAUGAUAAUUAUUAUAUAGUAUAUAAAAAUAUCCUGGCACUAUAUAAAUAUCUACGUUCAAUAAUUAUUGAUAAGCUUCUGUUAAAACAACGAAUUUCAAUGAAAUCCUACGCCAAACUUCAAAAUUAAUUAACACAAUUCAAAUUCGAAAUUAAUAUUGCGUUAUCAACAACGGCUUAAUGCAAUGAAAAUAUGAGUGAGACAAAUAAAAUUUAAAAAGCUUUAAGAAAGAAUUUUUCAAUUAAGACUUGUACCAAGACAGACAGAUACAAUAUGGUAUGUUAUCUUAUAAAAUUGAAAUUUAAUCGAAAAGUUUUGGCACUCGUUUUAUCUUUUAGUUUCUAGAUUCAAUUAGAUUAUUGAAAAAAAUUCAUUCAAGCUUUGGAUAGGCACUCGUUAAGUGUGGCUUUUAAACGAGUUGUUGAACGUAUACGUAAGCUUUUCCAGAUUUUGCAGAUGAGAUGCAGAUGUAUAUGCAGGGCUACAAUUGUUAAAAAACAAUAAAAAAAGACUUUGGGGGACACAACGAUGUUAUUGUUGACAAUUACGUGCACGUCGCAACUUGAGUAACGAAACGGGGUGCCUUGCUACUGUUUUACGACCAAAAACGCAUAUAUACAAAGCUUUACAUGUGCUUAAAAAUAAUUGGUCAACUUCUCUAUCGAAUAAAAAUUAUUGUGUUUACUAAAUUUUUAUGUAAGGUAGUAUCGACUCUGGACAUUGAGUUUUUCAUUAAUCGCAAAUGAUUUUUGUUAUAAGUCCUGCUCAUGUUCCGUAUUACAGCCUAAUAUCUAUUACAUAGAGACCAUUGUGUAAAUUAGAUUAUUUUGUUAUUCAGUUAUACAUUUUUGCUUCAUUAGUUUGAGCAUAUAUGAUUAUUAUUAACACAUGAUAUGCAUAUAAAAGUGUGUAUUUGUGUGUAUUAUAUAUAUAUAUAUAUACAUAUAAUCUUUGUAAGAUAAUUUUAAGUUUGUUUUGAUGACAAAGAUUAUAACAAUUUUUUGUUAACUAGUAUCCAGUCAAGUUAAUAGUGUGAUGGAUGUGAACGUGUGAUUGAAAGACUUCUAUGUGAAUUGCUGAAAAUUAAUGACAAAGAGAAGUGUGUAAAAAACAAACUUUCGACAGAAUGGAUCUUAACUCAACGUUUUUAAUGUGAUUUAAUGGACAUGAAAUGAAAGGAACGAUAAAUAUUGAACUAAUAUUAACAUUCACAUGUAUAGAUUAAGGAAAAAUGAUUUUGAUUACGAGAAAAAACAUUUCAUCAGAAUUGAAACAGUCGGACAAGUACAAGAAAAGAUGCCUAUUUUUUUUAUGAUUAUUCAACAAGGAGCUGUAAACUUGUCCGGUUAUAUAUUUUUAAGGAAUAUUGAAAAUGAAUUGAAUAUUAUAUAUCUAUGCAGGCAUAUUAAACCUAAUUACACAAAUAAGCACAAUGGAAGUUCAGAGUACAGAUUUUAUCGUGAUGUGAAAUAUAAUGAUAAGUAAUUUGAAUAACAACUUUACCUUAUUUCAAUUGUUUUCGAUUUAUUUUAUAAAAGUUGAAUGGUUUCAUCGACACAUUUUUAUCUAUAUAAAAUACUUUUUAAUAGCAGCAGACAUUUUCGAUUUCUUUUAAUACUCAAAAGAGUAAUAUAGCAUUUAAUUGGUUAUUGUUAUAAAUUCUUUUAUAUGAAAUAGAAAAAAAGUGUCCAUAUUUACUAUUAGACGAAUCUGUUUUAUAUUUAUGUGAAAAUGUUAAACGUUGUAUGCUAAUGUUUAGUUUAGCUGAAACGAGCGUUCUUCUUUUUUUUGUACUACAUUACAUGCAUAUCAAUAUCCAGCCAUCAGUUCAAAAUAAAGAUUAUUCUUUAUCAGCAUA